UGUUUCAAAUGGCAAUGCCUUUUCAGUAAAUAAAAACAAGAAAUUACAUUCCACCUGUUAGUUUUUCUUUAAACAAAUUUAAUUUUUCUUAAGUAAUUUUAUAUGUGAAACUAGCAUUAAAAAUGUCCGACCAAGAACUUGACUACGACGAACACCAUUCCAAUGAAUCUAAAAACUUACAACUCACCAACCAAGCAACAAAUCACUGGGAGCGCAUCAUGAGCGUUCUAGCCACUCAAUUAAUGUCAUUUCGUCGAACAAUCCUUUGGAAUCGUCGUCAAACUAUUCAACGAAUUCGUAAUCGUCAAAGAAUACACAGAAAUCAAUAUUUACAUCAAAUGAUGAGCAUUCAAAAUGAAUUUCUAAUGCAAUUACCAAUUACUGCCACAAAUUCUUUCAUUCAUGAAUCCGAUUCACGUUUCUGGGAAGGUGUUGUUCCAAAUUACACUGACGAACAAUGGCUUCAAACAUUCCGCAUGUCUCGCAAGACUUUUCAAUGGAUUUGUGAUCGAUUGGACGAAACAAUGCGUCCAAAUGGAGCUUCUGUUCCUUUGAAGAAUUUAAUUAAUCUUCAGAAAAGAGUUGCUCUUUCAGUAUACACUUUAGCUACUGGAGAUGAUUAUCGAGUUGUUGCCGAAAUCUUUGGUGUUUCACGAACUUCUGUAUGCAAAUUUAUGAAACGAUUUGCCGAUUCUAUUAUCGAAGAAAUGAGCUCGUUUUUGUUGGUCAUGCCUCAGGACGAAAACGAGUACGAUGUGAUUAGACAGACAUUCCAAGCGGCUUCGUCGUUGCCAAAUGUUGUAGGUUGUUUGGGAUUCUGUUUGAUUCCGAUAAAUGCUUCGGCAAACAAUGCCGAGAUGUAUGCAAAACCUAAUGGCGGGACAUCACUCACAAUGCAGGCGUUGAUAGAUGACAAACUUUUAUUUAGGAAAGUCAGUAUGGUUCCUAAUGCCCCAACUAUGUUUAUGGAUUCACCACAGGAACUCAUUAUGACAAAAUCCCAACCAGUUGGUGACCGCCUCGUUCCCAGUUUUGUCAUAUCUCCCAACCAAUACUACCCUCUCAACUCCUGGCUCAUGCAGAAGUACCCCAAUCCACAAACCCCUCAACAACACGCCUUCAAUGAAGCCGUCGACAAUGUAUUAGAUUUUAAGGAAAAUGCCUACAUGCGCCUUUUCGCCCGCUGGCGAAUCCUCCAACGCAAGCAUGAUUUGGAAGCACGCACAAUCGAAGCCAUUGCAACAGCUUGCUGCGCUUUGCACAACCUUUUGGAAGAAAACGAAGACGGAUACCGUGAAGAAUGGGGCGACUCAGUCGACACUUCCAAAUGCAACCCCACCUUCGACACUGAGAGAAGGAAAGACUCCAAACAAGCCUUAAAGACAAGAGACUAUCUAACUCAAACAAUUUACAAUUCUAGCGAAUCUCAAACUUAGAAAAUAAAAAAUUACAAAA